GAAAUAGAACAUCCAAGAAUAAAUCACUUUUUUCAGUUACCAGCCAACCCAACACUGACUAAGAUUUCAGAACCGUUUCAGAAGUGCGUAUUCUGUGUGCAAAAUUAAAAAAAAUGUGUAAUAUUUGAUAUCAGUUGAUUAAUAGCUAUGGAAUGUUUAAUACCAACUUGUAUUACAUUUUGUGAUUCUAACAAUGGAUCAACAAAGGAGAACUAAGAAAGAUAGGAAAUAUCCACGGGUGCCAAUUAAAACAUAUAAGUGGGAGGACAUUAGAAGAUCGCGAAGGAGGGGUGGUUACCCUUGGACUCAUUUGUAUAAAAAGCCUUUUGAUGAACAGCUAGAUCCUGAACCAUUCACGAUGAGUGGUUUACGAAAAAGUAAAAGCAGCUCGACAGUAGAAAAAGCGGAUGGUGUACAAAUUUCUGAUGUCACAGAAAAUGGAGGUGGAGAAGGAAAAAUGGACUCGUUACAAAUCGUUACAGAACCAGAUGACAUUUCUGCAAGAAAUAGUAUAGGAUCUAUUGUUAUAGAAGAGUGUGAUAUGAGCGUGGCGGAAAAUCAAAAACCCGAAAAUAUUGCCUUAGAAUCAGCCGACAGUUCUGAUAACAUAAGUCAGUAUUUGGAUAAAGAUGAGAGGGGUCCAGAAAAGGAAGCAGGGUUAAAAAAUCUUAGUGAACCUGAUAAAAAUACUGAAAAUGAAACGGAGAAAGAAGAGAAUCAGAAUCUUACGACUGAAGAACAAUCAAAAAGGAAACGAAAAAUGUCUGCUGAAAGUAGCUACAGUAAAAUGAGUUUAACAAAACAGGCAGUGCUGGAUAAAAUAAAAGCUGCAAAAAAUAAGAUAAAAGUGCCAAAAUUGAGCUUUCCAGUUAAUAAACGUAAAAAACCUACUCCUAAAGUCACUAAAACUGUGUCAUCCGAACCAAAAAAAGACACAAAGAAACAAACUGUAAAGCCUAAAGAUAUAAAACCAGUUUACAUCCAUAUUCCUUUAAAACCCCCUCCAGGACAAACAGAUGAAUUUUCGUAUUUAGAAUUUGAAGAUAAACCACAUACUGCUUCGCCGCAAAUAAAAGGAGUAGGUAGUUUUAAAUUUUUAGCAAAGAACAUCAAACGUCUACAAGAAACUCUUCCUACUAACGAUGAAGAACCUUCCGCUAAAACUAUUAAAACAGAGACAGAAAAUAUUGAGGUAUCAACAAACCAAGACGCAGCAGACGAAAAAGAAAAUAAAUUAGAGAAUAAUAAUAAAAGUACAGAUAAUAAUGAAGAGGACAAGCUGCAAGAAGAUAAAGAUGUUUGUACCAAAAUAGAAGAUAAAUUAACAAUAUCAGUUACAGACUCAGAAGUUCUGGAUAAUGACCCAAAGAUCAGUUUAAGCACUGAGGAAACUUUAAAUAAAAAAGGUAUACUUAAAACGUCAACUGAGAUAAUAGAAGGUUCAAGUGUACAACCGCCACAACCACAAAAAGGUAUAUUAAAAGAGAAACAAAAACGUGCAAAGUCGGAAGAACCUGAGAGAAAAAGAAAACUGUCUCUAGAAAGUAGUUAUAGCAGAAAAAGUUUAUCGAAGCUGGAAAUUAUGAAAAAACUAAGAGAAACAUCUGAAAAAAUUAAGAAAACGUUCUCAAUAAACAGAAAGAAAAAACAUUCUGAUUUGGACACGGUUACACCAGAGAAAGAAAACCGAUCAGAAAAAUUACCAAAACAAAACAAAAAGAAAGAAAAAAGUGAGCAACCAGGCAAACCGGUAUACAUUCAUAUACCUUUAAAACCAGCAGAAGAAGAAAAGGAAGAAGAAGAGAAUAUAACGCAAGAUGAAAAUAAUCCAUCUUCAAACUCUAUAGAGACUCCUGUUAGGAAUGAUGUCCAAUUUAUAAUGUUAACAGCUCCUUCUGAUGAUGAGGUUUUAGAUAGUUCUGACACGCCAGAGACGCCAUCUUCUGACAACAAAGUAUUUUUUGAAAAUAAAAUUGAAGAACUUAAAAAAUUAGCGAAAGACGUUGUUGAUGAUGUAACUGACUCCAAAAUAUCACAUAAGUUAGACCCAGUUGCAGAAGAAACUCUGAAUGGAAAUAACAACGCGGAUGAAAUAACGUCUUUACCAAUAGAACAAAAACCUGACCUGGUAAUUGAGCAAACAUCGAUUGAUAACAAAACAAUUGAAGACAUACAAAUUGAAAGUCAGGUGGACGAAAUUGCCCCCAAAAAAUGUAACCAAACCAGUGAGAGACCGAGCAUUAUGAUCGAUGUUGAGGAUGGUUUAAGUGAAUCCUAUAUAAAAGAAGAUAAACAAGAACUCCCAGUACAACAGUCAACAAGUCCGAAAGGAGAUAAACCUAAAGACUCCACUUUAAAUCUAGAAAACACACCUGUCAUAAAAAAGAAAGUUUCGUUCAAAAGGCGAUCUAAAACACCUAAAGAUGGUAGUUAUGAAGACAUAGGACCACAGAAUCUUUCUAAGGUUUCUGAUGAAUUGGAAAAACAGCAAGAAGCCGAAGAUGUUUCUGCUACUGAUAUCACUCAAUCUGUCAGUGAAGAAAAACAACUAAUUUUGGAUAAAAGCAUAACGGCUUCAUCUAAGGAGGACGAAGACAAAUGGUCAAAAAUAAGCGAUCACGAAUAUGAACCGGUUAACCCACCACCUGGAGUCCAAACAAUCUUUUCUUCCACACCAACCUUGAAUGUUCAAGAGAUGGAUAAUCUGCAUUCUGAUAACAGGUAUCCAGAAAUUCCAACUAUAAGAAGUGAUUUACCCAUGGAUGAAGAAAGAAGACAAACAAUCGAUCCUGUUGACGAAAAAGAAGCAGGUACGGAUAUAUCAAUACAUAUACAGCAAGUAGAUGACAAGCAAAAUCAAGACACUCAUACGGCUGACAAGAAAGAUCCCAAUAAAUUUCAGUUAGCAUGGAAACAAACAACAGACCAGUUCAAAAACAAAUUACGUAACAUGAAAAAACCCCAUUUACCUGAUGAAAGCAAACCGAAACCUCGCAAAUUUAAAUUUGAGAAACCUAAAUUUAACUUACCGAAAAUUCCCGACAAGUCUAAAAUAAAUUUGCCAUCACUACCUUCUUUUAAUUUACCACGCAGAAGCAGCACGAAACGGUCUCAGAAGGAACGACAACAAUCGACGGAAUCAAAUGCAGGCGAUUCCAAGAAAAUAUCUUUCGACUUUAGUACAUAUCCUAGGAUGUUUAAGAAAGGCAAGAAGUCCAAAGCAAAAAACGAACAAAAGCAAGAAGAAUUUUUAGACUUAGCUUCCGUUCCCCAACAACCAAGGCAGGAAACUAAGACUAAGAGUUUAAGCGGAAGUGACAUUACAAGGAUACCACUUAAUUUUGAGGAGUCUGCCAGUGAUGAAGAUAUGGAAAAACUAAACGAACCGGAAACACAAAGUCAGGAAAAGAGUGAUGAUAAAAUCGAAUAUUUAGACGAUGAUCGCGAGGCAUCUCAUAUCAGAUACAGAGAUGAUAUCGAUAUUGAUGAUGAAUUCGAAAGUCAGGUAAUUAAUAACGAUGAGUAUCUUGACAGAUGGAACCGCGGCAAUUUUAAUCCUGACCUCGAUGCAGACUAUUCAAAACAAUUUGAAAAUUCACGUUAUGAGGUUACAGAUCUUGAUUUUCCAGAAGAAUCGGAUCUUCAAUCGUUUGAUUAUAACUCGAAUCAUCACAAGGAAAGGUAUUCUUCUGGAAGUUCGUUUGGAGGGCAAAGAGUUGGCGGUGUUUUGGAAGAAAUAAAUCCCGAUGAAUUUUUCCUGAGGCAGAAAGGGAUAUCUCAAGACAAUAUCGAGGUGGGAAUGUAUCUUAGUUCAGAAAUUAAAGAGGCCUUUCGGACACCAGAAAAUGCUCUAACUAAAAUGGAAGAUCGAGAUUUUAAUAUUUCCAAUCAGUCAUUACCAGACACGCAGAAUGCACGUAAACCCAUUAGAAAACCAAAAAGGAAGAAAACUCCCCACGUUUCACAAGAAAGAAUUUCAUUCGGAGAAUCGGAUGACGAAGAUGUAGAUGUUGCUCCACCAUCAAGACCUAAACGACGAAGUAAGCGAAUUCAAAAGCCCAAACACUUUGACGACGUUAUUCCAUAUCAAGAAACAAUUCCUGUAGAAAUAAACGUUCCCGAAGAAGAAAAUUCGAACCGAUUUUUAAAUAAUUAUGUAAGAACUGAGGAGCCUGUUGUUAUUAUUGAUGAAAAUGAUAGACUAGACCAUCAGGAAUUUAAUAUGGCCAACGCUGAUGAUUUAAGUUUUGAAUACAUAGAUGAGAAUCAAACGGAAAAACCAGCUGCACCACCAAGAAAACAAAAAAGUUUAAAAAGUCUGACAUCGGAAAGUGAAUCCAUUUUGGAUGAAAUCAGUUCACAAAUAAUACACACUCCUGAAAUUGAUACUAAAACAAACCGAACAGACCCUGAUUUCGUUACAUCUGCAACAUAUCCACUCAAAAGACCAUCUCGAAAGAAAUCUCGAAGUAGUUUACAAUCGGAGACUAGUUUACAAUCCAAAGAAUUUGUUCAAAAAGAAGAUAACAAUCAGCUCUUUUCGUCGGAAAAUCAAAUUCCUUGUGUCGAAGAACCAUGUGUUCAAGAUAUACGAGACUAUAUGGGUUACGCUGUAAUAGACAAACAAAAAAUAAGAUAUCCGCCUUUACCCCCUCCCAGAUCUUCAAGUAGGAAAAAGAGAUCCACAAAACCCACAGAAACUAAUUUCUUUACAGUUCCCAGGCAAACGCGCUAUGACGAUACACCUGUACGUCCCUUAAGAAAUUACAGUACUUUGGGUCAAACAAAGAAGAUCAGCGAGCCAGUGAUAUACGAAAACAAAGAAAAUAUCGACAUAAUUCAAUACGUUGAAAUUGAAGAUGAACAUAACCGUGAUUUACAAUCAGGGGAUGUAAUAAAAAAAAUGAAAGAUCGUCCAUUACCUGCUCCUCCACGCCCUCCUCGAAAAUCAAGAGUUCUACAAAAUAUAACUUCUAAAGAAAAUAUCAUGUCUUCUGAAACGUCUAUACCUGACGAAGCGGAUGAAGAAGACAACGAGAAGUUUUCAGACAGUGUAAACGAUAUUGAACAGGAAAAACAUGCCCAAAAUAACGUACCGUGUACAACAGAGAAACGUUUGAUUACCCCUGAUUACUUCACUCACCAAGAAACUAUAACUCACGGGUCUUUGCUCGUUCAGUCAUUAGACGGAGGCAAGAUUUUGCGAGAUUCCGAAUUGACAUCCCGCUCAGAGGAAAGGAUAAUACCAGUAUCAACUGAAUCCGACGACGAAACUUCGUCCGUGCCGGAAGAUUUUAAGAAGCUGAGAGAUCCACCACAAGAAAUAAAUACACAAGUACCUUCUAAUGCAAAUAACGAAAUAGAAGUAUUAAAAGCACAUAAGCUACAGGUUAUAGAUUUGGACGUGGACACUUUAACAGUCAAUAAACUGUUAGCUGGAAAAAUAAUCGUCUCAGAAAUUGACAGUCACAGUAUACAAACGGAUGAAAUACAUUCAAAAUUGGAUGGAAUAAAGUCAAGUGAAAUAAGAGUUGACAUUCCCGAAACGCUUCAGGAAAGUGAAUUAAAUAAAACUGAAUUGUUUCAAGGAGAAACAGAACAUCAAAAUAAAGAGAGAAUUGAGGACCAGUCGACUGACGCUUUUGACGGAGAAAAAAAAACUUCGACAGAACUAACUGAAGCUCAGAUGUUAUAUGAACAGAAAUACAUACAACCAGAGGAUGUAAGUUGUUCAGAAAAAACAGAUGAGACGUUAUCUGUUCCCGUUACAACAAACGAAGAUCAAACAGUUUUAUUUAACCAGGAGAACAAUGAAUGUCUACAAAAUGACCCUCCCGAACCGCCACCUCGAUCCUUAGUUAACAUAGAAAGUAAUUUGGAAAGUAGUAGUGACUACACCCAUCGACCUCCACCACAAUUUGAACAAAUUGAAUACGGAGUUUCAAGUAAUGUGAUACAAGAGCCGGAUGUUGAUGAUGAACCCCCACCAAGACCACCUCAGCCACAUAUAGACUACAUACCGUCUCAGCCCCCAGCCAGUUUUUACGCGCUUAGAGCUCAAAAGUACGUAGAUAGUGCUGAAAGUAACAUUCCUAAGGUGCCUCGGCGAAAACGUCCACCAAGGUCAAUAUCCAGAUCUAGUUCUGAGGAUUCACUGGUAACGCCAAUUUCCAGACGAUUGUACAAUAGGUCUCCCGAACCAUCGAUAAGUCAGCUGUCAGGGCAAUUAAUUAGAACUUGUAGCUCAACCGCCCAUAGCGCUUUAAAAAGACUGAUAACGGAUAUAACAAAUAAUUUAAAGAAAAAUGCCGAUGGUAAAUUAGAUUUGCAUGUGAUGACAAUAAUACUGUUAAUAUUGAUAGCUGGACUUAUCUUGUUGGGGUAUGGGGAAGAAAAGACUGUUGUUCAUUUACAUCACUGGGAAUAUUUUAACCCUCCAACGGACUUAUAAAACCUAUAUUUUCUGUUGUUAAGUAAAUCUGUCCUACAUUAAAGUUUUGAUAAAAUACGUAAUGUAAGUGUACUUGAAGAACAAUGUUAAAAUUAAACAGUAAGAGUUCAGGUUUAGAAUUUUCGUAUAAUAAAAAUACUUUCCAUUGUUAACAUCACGAUAAAUUAUAAUUAUACUAAUUAUAUUGUGAACAUUUUGAAGUAAAACUGUU